GAAAUACUAUAAAACAAAAAAAAUUGAGAAAGAAUAAAAAAUAGUAGAAGAAAGGGAAUAUCUGGUGCAGUUGUUGUUGUUGUUGUAGUGUUCCGCAAGAUGAAGACUAUGGUGACGCCAUUGACAAGGGUCUCUACAUAUUUUCGCCCAAUUUCCCAUAAUGCCCUUCCUUUCUCCCCCAAACCACGCAACACUUCAUUACCUAACUCCUUCACCUUCACCUCUCCCACUCCCACUCUUUCAAUGGCUGCUUCUUCCCAAUCCACUGCUCCGGUUGCGUCAUCGUCAUCUGGUGAUGUUAACAUAAGAAAAGAUGAUAUCUUUCAAUUAAUUCAGGCUCAUCAGGAAAAAGCUGCAAGACUUCCAGCAAUUGAAGAGAUUCGAACUGUCCUUGAUCGGAGUCUACGUGGUACGCUCUCCACAUUCUCGAAGAAGUAUGGCGGUUAUCCAUCAGGAUCUAUGGUUGACUUUGCAUGUGAUGCAGAUGGAUGUCCUAUAUUAGCAUUGAGCGACUUGGCAGUUCAUUCGAAGGACUUAGCUGCUAAUCCUAAAUGUUCAGUGCUUCUCGCUAGAGAUCCUGAAGAUAGGACUGAUUUGGUGAUCACUUUACAUGGUGACGCUGUCUUUGUACCUGAAAAGGAUAAUGCGGCCAUACGAGCUGCAUAUUUGGCAAGACAUCCCAAUGCAUUUUGGGUUGAUUUUGGAGACUUCCGAUUUGUACGAAUUGAACCAAAAGUUGUACGAUUUGUGUCAGGUGUUGCCACUGCUUUGUUAGGAUCAGGAGAGUUUAAUGGAGAUGAGUACAAAUCUGCAAAAGUUGAUCCCAUAGCUCAGUUUUCUAAGCCAGUAGCGUCACAUAUGAACAAAGAUCAUGGUGAAGAUACUAAAGCGAUUGUGCAGCACUGGACCUCAGUUCCGGUGGACUUUGCUGACAUAUUAGAUUUGGAUCGUCUAGGUUUCAAUGUUAAGGCUGGUUAUCAGGGAGAUAUUUUCAAGCUCCGUGUACCUUUCCCUCGACCUGCAGAAGAUAGAAAGGACGUUAAGACUCUCAUUGUUGAGAUGCUCCAAGCUGCUAAGCCACAAGUGUGAUUGAAUACUACAUAGAUCAAAGAUGGAGAGCUUCCUACCGGUCAUCCAUCUGCUGGGGCCUGGGGAGGACAAGUAAAUAAUAUAGUUAUAUUUCCAAUAUAUACAAUGACAAGUCAAAUAGUUUACUUUGUAUACUUUCGCGUAUUAGCGAUUUGUUGCGGGGUAACACUCAUAAAAUGCAGACAUUAAAAUGGUGUAAGAUUAAUUGUCUCUCAAAGACACACAUCUUUGUACAUAAUGAUCAUAAGAUCUUCCUCCAGGUUUAUUUUGUUGAAUAAGAAUUGAGACAGUUUAUGAAUAAUCCUUUAAGAAAUGACAUGAAAUUUUUUACUUGGCCA